AAUAUGAAUGAAGCUGACAUGUGUGUGUGAAAGAAAGAAAAAGAGAGUUUGUGUGCCAGUGACAAAUAGUGUAUGGGAGACCAUAUAGUAAACACUGUAAACAAGACCUAAUGAGAAUUACGUGAUGACAGCACAACUGAUUUUGCUGACUCCCAGCCAAAUCUGAUUUGUUUUUGAUUUGUGGUGAAACCUUAUAUUAGGAGGAGUCUUUUAUUUUUAUUUUUAAGCAACAUCAGAGGAAGAAGGCAGGGCCAAGCCUCCCCUCUGCUCAAACUACAGAGAAAAAUCACACCAUCAGCCUUCCUCUUUUCUGUGUAUGGACCACCCUCUACUGUUCUCCUAGUGGACGGUGCCAUAGCUGUGUGUGCAGGCCUUCAUUCUCAAUGAGAGCAAAGACAGAGGGGAGACUGGUAGUGAGAGGAGGAGAAUGGAGAGCAUGAACCUGCGUAGGAAACACAACUGAAGACACCAAGCUGGGUCUUACCUGCACCUUCCUGGGCUGCUGACUGAACUCACUGACACAGAUCUUUAGCUUGUUUGGUGAUAAAGAGAAGAGGAACCAUGGGACCUGGAACAUGGAGCGUAUUUGUUCUGUUCAGCCUGUCUUUCUGGGGCAACAGCCAAGCCGCCCUCACAAACAACCCCAUCCUCUCCCGGAUACGAAGGGCUCCAGAGGCCAACGGAGAAAGCAAGAAGUGCUCCUACACCUUCCUGGUCCCUGAGCAGAAGAUCACAGGACCCAUCUGUGCCGCCCGCGGUUACUCGAACGACAAGGACCGAGUGACACGCCUGGAUGUGGCUGCAGUGCGCGACCUCCUGUCCAAGCAGCGUAGGGAGAUGGAGACUUUGAAGCUGGUGGUGGACGUGGACGGCAACUUGGUGAACGAGAUGAAGCUGUUGAGGAAAGAGAGCAGGAACAUGAACUCCAGGGUGACUCAGCUCUACAUGCAGCUGUUGCACGAGAUAAUCAGGAAGAGGGACAACUCGCUGGAGCUGGCGCAGCUGGAGACGCGCAUCCUCAACGCCACCUCCGAGUCCCUGCGCCUGGCUUCCCGGUACAGGGAACUGGAGUCCAAAUAUGCAGCCCUUUCUGCAGUAGUGAACAACCAGUCGGUGCUGAUUGGAGCACUGGAGGAGCGUUGCAUGCAGGUGUACAGCCGCAGGCAUGACCAGCCACACAUUGGGCCUCCACUUGUGCAGGUGGUACCUGAGAACAUUCCUGUUAAUGUGCCACGUUUCACCAACGAGAUCCAGAGAGACAACACAAGAAGUUUUGCCCGAGAAAGGGGCUCUCGGUCUGGGCCGUCACCCACAAGCGACACCCUGGAAGUUCAGAAACCUCCACAUAGAAACUUCAGUACUGAAGGUCCGUUCAGAGACUGCCUCGCGGCGCAGGAAGCUGGACACAGCACCAGCGGCAUGUACCUGAUCCGACCAGACGAAGCAGAGAGGCCUGUUCAGGCCUGGUGUGAACAGGACAUAGACAGCGGGGGCUGGACCGUUAUCCAGACCAGGAGAGACGGAUCCGUUAAUUUCUUUAGAAACUGGGAUAACUACAAGAGCGGCUUUGGCAACAUAGACGGGGAGUAUUGGCUCGGUCUGGAUGCCAUCUACAAGAUGGGGAGGCAGGGGGACUACAAGCUGCUGGUGGAGCUGGAGGACUGGAUGGACAAGAAGGUCUACGCUCAGUACAGCAGCUUCCAUCUGGAGCCUGAGAGCGAGGGUUACCGCCUGCGGCUGGGCACCUACCAGGGCAACGCCGGGGACUCCCUGAGCAGCCACAACGGCAAACAGUUCACUACUCUGGAUCGAGAUAAGGACGCCUUCUCAGGUAACUGUGCCCAUUUCCAUAAAGGAGGCUGGUGGUACAACGCUUGCGGUCAAGCCAAUCUCAACGGUGUCUGGUACACCGGAGGUGUCUACCGCAGCAAAUUCCAAGAUGGGAUGUUCUGGGCCGACUACGGCGGAGGCUUCUACUCCAUGAAGGCUGUCCGUAUGUUGAUCAGGCCCAUAGACUGAAGAGAUACUGUAAGCCAGGCCGGUCCAGGGGCGACUGUGGAGGCCGGGGCAAACUUGAACCUCAUUCUAAAUUGUGACUGUAUACGUCAUCAUCAACUGGUUGAUCCUAGAUAAAAGAACUACACCAAUGGAGAUUACCAACCGUCAGUAGUGACUUGAAACUGCCUCCUGUAACAGACACGGACUCUUGGAACAAUGUUCUCUUAAUAUCAUAAUAGAUGCACACAUAGAAGGAUUUAGGAGCCAUUUAAAAUAAGCCAUACAGCUCCUUUAACCACCAAAUACACGGUGGUGAAGGGAUAAUUAAGGACAUUUUGCAGCUAAAUAAUGCAAGCUGCCUAUCGGAUUAAGAGACCGCAGUGUUCUCCUCAUUAAGUCACCCCCGUGGAGACGAGGCGCCACAUCCUGACAGAACUUCAUAAGCUUUAGCAUAACGGGAUCUAAAUGCAGCUCUUCCUACCUCGCCAACAUAAAACGUGUGAGCAAAAUGCUCAUACAUGGUAUUUAACUUGUGCUAUAGUUGUUGGGAGAUGGGAAAUACAUUUUGUCAAUACCUAUAUAGAUUUAUUUAGACUCUGUAUCCACUUCCAGAUCUGAAAAGACCAACCCCUUAAGGAGUUGGAGAAAGUGUUGUAUGUACAUUUGAUUACACAAAACCUUUAUACUGUAUGUUAAACUACUUUUUCCAAGUGCAGAUGGCCAGAAACGAUAAUUUAUGUGUACAAUUAACUUAUCAUAACAGUGAAAAGGGCCAGGUGUCCUGAGGGAACAGUAAACGAUCCUACAGAAAUAACAGAAAUAAUUUCCUCCGCUGUAUAAAUGACAAUCAUUCUAAAAGUGUGCUUGCACAUAUGGAAAUUGCUGUUGUAUGUUUUUCUCAUUUUGGCUGGUGAUUAAAUUUCAAUAUGACUCUGGGAAAAAAAAAAAAAACGAGCAUUGUCGGAGAAAAAAAAAAAAAAGAUGGAAUUACGUUUUGUUUUGAGUGGUUUUCGA